AUGGAGUCCAACGGAAACACCCCGCUGCCGGAGGACAUGAACAAGCCUCCGGAGGGCAUGGUGCUGCCUCCGAAGGACAUCAAAGCCAUCGUCGAGAAGACCGCAGGCUAUGUCGCUCGAAAUGGGUUUGUCUUUGAAGAACGUGUACGCGACAAGGAAAAGAAUAACCCCAAGUUCUCCUUCCUGACCUCGACCGAUGCCUACGCGCCGUUCUACCAGUGGCGCCUGACGGAAAUCAAGGAGGGCCGAGGGAGUGCCGUGGCAGCAGGACGGCCAGGCGAAGCGGUUCCGGUCCCGGAGCCCGAAAAGCCCAAGGGACCCCCCGAGCCGCCCGCGUUCCAUUUCUCGGCGCGCAUCCCCAUAAUCAAUGCGCAGGACUUGGAGGUGGUGAAGCUCACGGCUCUUUUUGUCGCCAAGCGCGGAAAGUCUUUCAUGACGGCGCUGUCGCAACGGGAGGCCCGAAACUUCCAGUUCGAAUUCCUGCGGCCUCAGCACAGUCUCUACGGGUUCUUCACGCGAUUGGUCGACCAGUACACCAUUCUGUUACGGCCAGAGGGCAUCGACGACGCAACGAGCGAGAAGAAACGGAUUGCCGAGUUGGAGCACAAUGUUCGGAACAAAUACCACGUCCUCGACGGGGCCAAGCAGCGCGCCGAAUGGGUGAAAUUCCAGGAGCAGCAGAAGCUGAAGAAGGAAGAGGAGCAAGAACAGGAGCGCAUUGAAUACGCCCAGAUCGACUGGCAUGACUUCGUCGUGGUCGAGACGGUUCUCUUCACGGAGAGCGAUGACCAGACCGACCUGCCGCCGCCCACCUCGCUCUCGGACCUGCAGUCGGCCUCCCUCGAACAAAAAGCAGCCAUGUCUCUCAACCCGCUGCGCAUUGAGGAGGCAAUGCCCACCGAUCUCGACGCACCCACCUACUACAACACCUCUGAGCCAAUGCCAGCCCCACAACCGUCCAUCUCGCCAUACCCAGCCCAACCACAAGCUCCCUACCCGCCUCCCGGCGGCAUGGACUACAGCACGCAGUACCAAGAAGAGGAGCAACGGAUCCGUGAGCGCGCUGAAGCCCGCGACGCAGCAGCUGCCGCGCAAGCUGCGGCCCAAGCAGCACCAGGGCAAGGCCAACCGAUGCGUAUCCGGUCCGACUACGUGCCGCGCGCACAAGCACGCCGGCAACAAGGCGCGGGGGCAACAGCAAUCUGUCCCAACUGCCACCAGUCAAUCCCCAUCGCAGAGAUGGAGCAGCACAUGCGUAUCGAGCUGCUGGAUCCGCGCUGGAAAGAGCAGCGCGCCAAGGCCGAGUCCCGCAGCGCAACCACCAACCUGUCCACCGCCGACGUGGUCAACAACCUCAAGCGCCUGGCCAGCCAGCGCAGCGACGUCUUCGACUCCUCGCUGGCUGCCGGUGGCGGAGGAGACCCUGAGGAAGAGGCUCGUCGCAAGCGCAUGGCUACCGGUGGUGCCCCUGCGGCAGAGGGCGGUGCUCCUCCGGCUCCGACGGUUGGUCCGGCGGGGUCGCCCAAUCCACAAAAUAUGAAUAUCGAGGAGCAGAUCAGGCACCUGCAUCAGCGGUACAAGCCGGAUGGGUCGAGUUGA